AUGACCCAGGGACACGACCCUACAGACGACCCUACAGACGACCCUACAGACGACCCUACAGACGGCCCUACAGACGGCCCUACAGACGGCCCUACAGACGGCCCUACAGACGGCCCUACAGACGACCCUACAGACGACCCUACAGACGACCCUACAGACGGCCCUACAGACGACCCUACAGACGGCCCUACAGACGGCCCUACAGACGACCCUACAGACGACCCUACAGACGACCCUACAGACGACCCUACAGACGACCCUACAGACGACCCUACAGACGACCCUACAGACGACCCUACAGACGACCCUACAGACGACCCUACAGACGACCCUACAGACGACCCUACAGACGACAGACACCCUACAGACGACCCUACAGACGGCCCUACAGACGGCCCUACAGACGGCCCUACAGACGGCCCUACAGACGGCCCUACAGACGGCCCUACAGACGGCCCUACAGACGGCCCUACAGACGGCCCUACAGACGGCCCUACAGACGACCCUACAGACGGCCCUACAGACGGCCCUACAGACGACCCUACAGACGGCCCUACAGACGACCCUACAGACGGCCCUACAGACGGCCCUACAGACGGCCCUACAGACGGCCCUACAGACGGCCCUACAGACGGCCCUACAGACGGCCCUACAGACGGCCCUACAGACGGCCCUACAGACGACCCUACAGACGACCCUACAGACGACCCUACAGACGACCCUACAGACGACCCUACAGACGACCCUACAGACGACCCUACAGACGACCCUACAGACGACCCUACAGACGGCCCUACAGACGGCCCUACAGACGGCCCUACAGACGACCCUACAGACGACCCUACAGACGACCCUACAGACGACCCUACAGACGGCCCUACAGACGGCCCUACAGACGACCCUACAGACGACCCUACAGACGACCCUACAGACGACCCUACAGACGACCCUACAGACGGCCCUACAGACGACCCUACAGACGGCCCUACAGACGGCCCUACAGACGGCCCUACAGACGGCCCUACAGACGGCCCUACAGACGGCCCUACAGACGACCCUACAGACGACCCUACAGACGACCCUACAGACGACCCUACAGACGACCCUACAGACGACCCUACAGACGGCCCAACAGACCUCCCUAGGACUGACCCCUGUAGGACUGACCCCUGUAGGACUGAGACUGAAACCAUUAUUAUUACAUGUAUUUAUAGGGUGUAA